AUGUCCACACCUUUCCCCAGUGAUGAAACUGCAAAGGAGGCUCCCGCAAGCGUCUCGAAACCCAUCAAAAGCGCUGAAAAUGCUAGCCUUGUCAACUCCUCGGAUGCGCUAAGUUUUCCCGAAGGUGGUUUUACCGCUUGGGGCACAGUGGUAGGCACUUAUACCAACGCUUACGGUGUCUUCCAGGGCAAGCACACCUAUGGAACACUUGAGGGAGACUUUUACACUCGAACAUACCUGACCAAUUCCACACCAUCUGCAAUUGCCUGGAUAGGAAGUGUUAAUGCACUCUUGGUGCUAUCAGUUGGAGUCGUGUCAGGAAGGAUGGUCGACCGAGGCGCAUUUUACCCUGUUAUGAAAAUCGGCUGUCUCCUCCAAUGCCUCUUCCUCUUUCUAUUGUCCCUAGCGAAACCAGAUGGGUAUUAUCAAGCAAGUCUCCUUUCUAUAUUCCUUUCCCAAGGUGUCGGUUUCGGUAUUGCAAUAGGCCUUACGAACGUUCCCUCUAUUGCUAUAGUAUCGCAUCACUUCCAGCGAUGCAGAGCUAUUGCGAUGGGAAUUGUCGUUGCGGGGUCGUCAUUGGGUGCAAUCUUGCACCCCAUCAUACUCAACAAUCUUAUCAAUAGAAGACUCGGCUUUGCAAAUGGUGUCCGUGCAAGUGCGACUUUGAAUAGUGGCCUGCUUCUCAUCGCAAACCUCCUCAUGCGAACAAGGAUUCCACCGCAACCAAAUGCCGUCAGUUACACUCGCGUUUUGCAAAACUCGUCGAGAGAUGGCGCUUACAUCUGUGGAUGUGUAGCGCUAGCUGCUUUCAAUUUCGGAUACUUCUUCGAAGUCUUUUACCUUCAGUUGGAUUCCACCCUGCAUGGUCUAAGCCGAGAAUUUUCGUUUUAUUCACUCACAAUCCUCAGUUCUGGUUCUUUCAUCGGAAGACUUGCUGUGGGUGUUGUCUCUACCUACGUGGGCAUCCCAAACACGGUCGUUGGCUCUUCAUUUAUAUCUUCCGCUGUACUAUUUGCAAUGAUUGGCUUGCACUCGGCGGCCAGUGUAGCUGUGAUAGCUGCAAGCUAUGGGUUUUUUUCCGGAGGCGUUAUAGCACUGAUGGGCCCAUUGGUAUCGUAUCUGACUCCUGAAAAUUCACAUAUUGGUGCACGGAUGGGCAUCAUGUUUGCAGUAGCUGGCAUUGGAUCACUCGUGGGCAUGUGCACCGAUUUGUGGGGCUUUCCUGACGUCGCAUUACAUUUGGUGGAAGGCUGUUGUCUUUGCUGGGGCGAGUAA